GUCGCGAGCGUGUGUUUAAGCACGUCUUUGAAAAUCACUGAAUUCGUAUUACUUCUCCAAUCAAGUAUUAGAUAUUGGUUAAUUGCCUUUGAAUAAUUCCACUUCCACCAGUGUUAUUUUAUUCGAGCACCCACUGAACAGUUUAAUUUUUUUUAUUUCGUUUUUUAGUGCGCGUUUUAAGCGACGGUCGUGUGAAUUUGGCUUAAUUAAGGUUUUUUAUUUGACUGGUAUGGUGUCAUAGGACUUCUUUUGUUUUGUGCAGUGCAAACUUUUUGGGGCAUAUUUUAGUGUUUUCGUAAUAACAAAAAAUCAUCAUCAUUCUACCGGCACAGCAACUGGGGGCGGUGGCGCCAUGGCCGUCCGCGAUUUCGUCGAUAGACGAUAUGGCACACAAAGGCCAUAGCGGUGUGAACCAGCUAGGGGGGGUGUUUGUCGGCGGGCGCCCUUUGCCCGACUCAACCCGGCAGAAAAUAGUCGAAUUGGCGCAUUCCGGAGCCCGGCCCUGCGACAUUUCCCGCAUACUCCAAGUCUCCAACGGAUGCGUAUCGAAAAUAUUAGGAAGAUACUACGAAACCGGAUCGAUUCGUCCGAGGGCCAUCGGAGGUUCGAAACCCAGAGUGGCGACGGCAGAAGUCGUUUCCAAGAUAUCCUCGUACAAAAGAGAGUGCCCGUCGAUUUUCGCCUGGGAGAUCAGGGACAGGCUCCUGCAGGAGGGGGUGUGCACCAACGACAACAUUCCUAGUGUUUCUUCUAUAAACAGGGUAUUAAGAAAUCUGGCGGCCCAAAAGGAGCAAUCCGUGUCGAAUCCUCCGGUUUCCGCCGGAAGUGACACGAUGUACGAUAAACUGCGUCUCCUGAACGGCAACCAGGGAAACUGGAGGUCCACACCCUGGUAUUCCCCUGGAAACAACUCGUUUCCCCUGCAACCCCUCAGUCCACCUCCAACUAUUUUAACCGAUGAAAUAACAACCAAAAAAGAUUUGGAUGGAAUUCAUUCUGACGAGACAAAUUCGGGGGACAAUUCGAACGCUGGGUCCAGUAUAGGACCCGAUGACGACCAAGCGAGGUUACGAUUGAAACGGAAAUUACAAAGAAAUAGGACUUCCUUCACCAAUGAUCAGAUAGAUAGCUUAGAAAAAGAGUUCGAGAGGACCCACUAUCCGGACGUGUUCGCCCGGGAACGGCUCGCGGCCAAGAUCGGCCUGCCCGAGGCCAGAAUCCAAGUGUGGUUCUCGAACCGCAGGGCCAAGUGGCGACGCGAAGAGAAGCUGAGGAACCAGAGGCGCGGGGCGCCCGCCCCUGCCGAGCAUCCAGGACCGGCCUCGUCGCCGCCCAGGUUGCAGGGCUUCAACAACACCGCUUCGAUGUAUUCGCCCAUCGCGCCGCCCAUGUCCAUCGCUGACACUUACAGCACGAUGUCCCCGAUGUCGGGCUUCGGGCACGGCGGCCUGGCGCCCAGCAUGGGCCCCGCUCCGGGUAACGCCUGCCUGCAGCAGCGCGAGAGCCCCUCGAUGGGCGGCUACUGCAUGGGCAGGCCGCCCAGCUACGACCUGGGCAUCGGCUACGGCACCAGGCCGUCCUGCAGCCCCAGCCAGCCCUACCAAAUGAACGGACAUCAGUACGGCACCAAUGGCGCAAACUCCACAGGGUUGAUAUCACCGGGCGUUUCGGUGCCGAUAGCUGUCCCGGGACAAACCGACAUGACGUCACAGUACUGGCCACGCAUACAGUGACCUUGGUGGAAUUAAAAUUAAUGAAAAAUGGCUGUUGUUUGUUGUUCAUUGAUUCCCCCCUCUCCCUCUUGUUUUACGAUUUUUAGACUCCGUUUCCAUAGUGUAUAUUUACGAAACAUUUGAAAAAAUAUGAGUAAAAUAACCGUACUUACUUACUUUGAAAUGUGCAAGAGUACCUCGUUUUGACAUUUAAAAUACCAUUGUUUAAAUUUUAUGAAACCCAGACCACUUUUUGUCUUAAAAAUUCCCUGCAUCAGUGAUUGGCUCAUUUCAAUAUUCACUGUGAUUUAAACGGGUUUUAAAUUGGGACAAGGCAACUAUAAUAUUUAAAACUGGUAAAAAGUUGGGUUAACAUUUGACAGAUGUCAAAUUUUAUUUAUUUAUUUUUGAUUUAAUCAUUUAAUUAUCUACCAAUAAUUGGAGUAGAUAAAGCAUAGGACAAAAAGUACGUUUAUAAAAUACAAACAAAAAAUUAAAAAAUCUCAAAACAAGGUAUUCUUCCCAAAAUUUAUUUAUUUUAAAAUCAGUGUAAUAAUAAUUUUUAAUUUUUAAGUUGUGUUAAUGUAAAAUCAAUAAAAGAAUGUCCAUUUUAAAUUUUGCAGACAAAAAUAAAAAAUCUUUCAAUUAUCUUCUAGUCAUUUUCAC